AUGGAGGAUAGCGAGCUGGUGGAAUUUCUGCUUCAGGAUGUGUACCCUGCGAGCACUUUGGUUCGGGAAGAGGUAACAGCGGUGAACUCAGCCGCGGCAGCUCCCGUGGAGACUCCCAAUGUGGCAACGGUAACGGCGGACUCUGGGCUCAGGAACGAAACGGCCGAUGAUAUGGAUCUUAUGGAGGGUCUAGAUGAUUUAAUUUUGAAUGAUAGUGACGCCAAACAAGGUGAUAAGAAAAAGAAAAGAGGUGAUAGGAAGCAGAAGAGUGAUGCCAAUGACACCAAUAAAAAAUUAUCGAAGAGUGAGAGGAAAAAACAAUCAAACGAAGUCGCUAAGGAACAGUCCAAGAUGAGCGAGAAACCCUCGCACAACCAAAAUUCGCAUCCAGGAGAGCCGGAUUCGUACAUUGAGGUUGCCCAAUCCGGAAGACAUGACUUGAACUUCCAUGGCGCGAAGAAAGUAAUCGUUAAUAUUCAGGUUCUCAACGAGGGAAAUGAAAUCGAAACAACCACCCUCUAUGAUAUUAAAAAUGUGGAAAGUCUCUCACUAGAUGUUACAGUGAAUGAAAAGGACCCUGUUUCCCCAGAUCAAUCUAAGAGUAACGGGAAACCGAAAGCACAAAGUAGAAGAAAGAAGAAGAAGAAUUCGGUCCUCCCUAAACCCGCGACAGAUGACCACGAUGCAGUUGCAGAGAAUAAGCCGCCAGCACCGGAGAACAACAAACGUUCCACGAAAAAAAAGAAGCAAGCAAAACUUGAAGAGAAAACCUCGUUGGAAGAUAUAGACGAUAAAGUCCAUGACGAGGGAAUUAUGCAGAGCGCAGCGGAUGAUAGCCAAGUGAAUGGAAAAAAAUUGUUCGAAAAGAGCAAGGCAAAGAGGCGUAAGAACAAAUCGAAGGCAAAGGGGAAUAUCGUUGAUGGCACACCAUCUGAUAUUCCAACACAAUUUGAACGUACCUCUGUUGAAUUUUGA